GCUCCGGCUCUCCCGCCGCUCCUCUCUGCGGCUGCCGCGCGCCUCGCCCCGGGCGGCCCAGCGCGCUCCUCGGACGCCGAGAUGAAGGUGCUGGGACACAGGCUCCAACUGCUGACAGGGCUUCUGCUCCACGACGUGACCAUGGCCGGGCUGCAGGAGCUGCGAUUCCCUGAGGAGAAGCCCCUGCUUCGGGGCCAGGAUGUGACAGAGCUGGACAACCCUGACACCUUCCUCUCAGUUGUGGACACAGACUGGAAGGAACAUGACAUCGAGACGCCUUAUGGCCUUCUGCAUGUGGUAAUCCGGGGCUCUCCUAAAGGGAACCGCCCAGCCAUCCUCACCUACCAUGAUGUGGGCCUCAACCACAAGCUGUGCUUCAACACCUUCUUCAACUUUGAGGACAUGCAGGAGAUCACCAAACACUUUGUGGUGUGCCAUGUGGAUGCCCCUGGGCAGCAGGUGGGGGCGUCACAGUUCCCUCAGGGGUACCAGUUCCCUUCCAUGGAGCAGCUGGCUGCCAUGCUCCCAAGUGUGGUACAGCAUUUUGGGUUCAAGUACGUGAUUGGCAUUGGAGUGGGAGCUGGAGCCUAUGUGCUGGCCAAGUUUGCGCUCAUUUUCCCUGACUUGGUGGAGGGGCUGGUGUUGAUGAACAUUGACCCCAACGGCAAAGGCUGGAUCGACUGGGCCGCCACCAAGCUCUCUGGCUUGACCAGCACUUUACCAGAUACGGUACUCUCCCAUCUCUUCAGCCAGGAGGAGCUGGUGAGCAAUACAGAACUGGUGCAGAGCUACCGGCAACAGAUCUCGAACGUGGUGAACCAGGCCAACCUGCAGCUCUUCUGGAACAUGUACAACAGCCGCAGAGACCUUGACAUUAACCGGCCUGGGACCGUGCCCAAUGCCAAGACGCUCCGUUGCCCCGUGAUGCUGGUAGUCGGAGAUAAUGCACCUGCUGAGGACGGGGUGGUUGAGUGCAACUCCAAACUGGACCCAACCACCACAACCUUCCUGAAGAUGGCAGAUUCUGGUGGCCUUCCUCAGGUGACACAGCCAGGGAAGCUGACUGAGGCCUUCAAAUACUUCCUACAAGGCAUGGGCUACAUUGCACACUUGAAGGACCGAAGGCUGAGUGGUGGAGCAGUGCCCUCAGCCAGCAUGACCCGCCUUGCGCGCUCACGCACGGCAUCCCUCACCAGCGCCAGCUCUGUGGAUGGCAGCCGCCCGCAGCCCUGCACCCACUCAGAGAGCAGUGAGGGGAUGGGCCAGGUCAACCACACCAUGGAGGUAUCCUGCUGAAGCCCUCGUCCUGCCCAAGACGCCUGCUUACCUGCCCCCAGGUCCCACUGCCAUCUCCGCACCGGCUCAUCUUCCGUUUUGUUUAUUUUUUUGAGAGUGAAGUGGAGGCAACAGGGUUACUUCUCUUUUCUUUAAAGAUUGAAGGGGUCCACCUUAGUACAGCAGAACAGUCUUGGAUGGUGUGAGGGGCCCGCCUCAUCCACUCGCAUUUCACUCAACGUGUUCACUAGUCGAUAUGGCCCCUCUCAUAUGCUCACCGUGGCCCUGGGGUGGGGCCAGAAUAGAGGACACAGGAUUGAAGAAAGAAUAUGGCCCGCCCCCUGGGGCUGGCAGAUGUGAAGACGGCGUGGGGUUUCAAGAUGGUGGGUGCUGUGCUUAGGCUCCGACGUGAGAGGGAGUCAGACCAGUGGGGAGCCCUGCACCUCAGAGGGUCCCCUUCCUUUGAACCCUUGCACCUAGCACACCUAUUCUGAUAGUAGAGGCCACAGUCGUAAGGAUGAAAGCCACGAGAGGGCGCUCUAACAGCCAGCCAUUUUCCUGGGGCUCUCUGGGCAGGACAGGUAAAGGUUAGCCAGGCAGAGCGACGGAGGCAGCAUAUGGAGAGCCCUGAGGGCAGGAACCCCGUACUCCACCACCCCAGGCCCAGGUCCCACCCUGAGGCAAAGGUCACUUGGUCUCCUGCCCCUGGUGGCAGAGGGAAAAGGUUAAGAUUGCUUUGUGUGCUGUGUGUAGCCCCUGAGAACUUCAUGAUCCCUUUGGCACUUGAAGGUACUUGAGUCCUGUUGCCCCCGAUUCCACCACGCAUGUUUGUGACAGUGCCCUGGUCAGCUUGGGCCAGUGUGACACAGACAUCACUGGAGAAGUGAGCUUGUUAGAGAGGUCUGGUCCAAGACAGACAACCAUGCACAACUUCUGCCUGCUGGAGGGGCUGGAGCUUGCUUGGUCCUGGGGUGGGAGAUGGGCAGGUCCUUAGUGAACAAAGGUGUAGUGGCCAAAGGCUCUUGAUGCACCCUAGCCCUCUGGAGCACACAGCUAAGGGGUCUUCCCGCCCUCCAUCUCACCAGGUAGACUCGCAGCCCAGAAACCAGAGCUACUGUUUCAGCCUGGUCACUGGUUUCACACAUUGUCACCCCCAAACGGGGAAUAAAGCACUAAAACAAAGAGAAGAGCUGUGUGUGUGGGGGGGAGGGUGUUACGGUGUGGGUGUUCUGCCCUGAGGACACCUACACCCCUGUAUCUGUGCCACCCCCUCUGUAACUGUAAGCCAUUUCUAGACUGCUCAGUCCAGUGGAGUGUAUUCUGUCCACAGUUCUGUUCACUCACGUGCUUCCGUGAACACUGAAUGUGACUGUUUAAAGCUGGUAGAAUUAAUCCCUCACUGUAGAUAGCACUUCAAGUAUUGGACAUCUUUUUGCUGUGUUAAGAUAUCUAUAAAUACCUAUAAUUAUAUAUAUAUAUAUAUGUAUAUCAGGUCCUCCUGUGUGUGGUUUCCCAAUUGGUGGUUGUCUCCUCUUGAUCAAGGGGAACUUUCAGUGGAGUUCACUACUUUCCUCUCUGUACAAAAUUAAGAGCCUAAUUUUGUGUAUUCCAGUGGCCGAUAAGAGACAAAAUGUAAAACAAAAACCCUUGAUGUGGAAAGUUAACUGUGCAGAAAAACUAAUAAAGAACUAAAGACUAAA